AUGAAUGGAGUUUUGACGACAAAUUGGUCAUUAACGGCAGAUACAUGGCGCUUCAAGUAUUGUUCGGAUGGACAUGUCCUCCCAAUAUACUCGGACCUCAAAUCAGGUCUACAGCACAAAGUAUGGGAUCUCGAUGCAAGCGGUUCAUGUUUACAUGGAUGCACAAGCGUUGAAUAUGCCCAACAUUUUUUUGGGCUUGCAGUGUUGCAUUACACAAAUGAGACGCUUUUCAACGAACUCAUGUUGUACCUUUUGACUGAAACUAUGAUUGUCUUUUCCUGCUCUAUUCGACUCGAAAAUUCGACUUCACAACAGUAUUGA